GCACUCUAUCCGAUUUUUCGAUAUCACUUCUUGAAUGGAAGAAAAGGUCAGAUCGGUUACCCGAUGAAAGUAACAGUUCCUUUCGAGUCUUCUACCAAUGCUGGGUUCUGUGUGUACGUGAUAAUGUGCGCCUGUAUUGCGUACUAUUGCAUUCUCCUGUCAACUUUUUCGACUAUAUUCCUGGGUAUGUUCUGCACGUUGGAGGCAGCCUUCAAACUAAAUGGCAUAUUCUACGCGCGAUUUGAUUUCAAUAGGCCAAGGCGCGCAGGUCAACGUAAAAGUAAAGUCAACUCAGAGCACUUGGAAGACAUCAAUCGACGAUGGAAUGUGGCAAGAUUGGUUCUGAACAUCAACGAACAUCAAAAACUUUACAGUGUGAAUCAACUGCAGACAUUCUUUAUUCUGAGCACAUGAAACUUGUUAGAAAUGGGUCCGGUGUCGAUUCGAAGGUGUUCAUGUUCAUUUUGAUGCGAUCUCAAAAGCCGGUGAUUUUUGAAGCGGGGCGAAUCCGUAAACUGACUCUGGAAAAUUAUGUUUCGGUAAAUUUAAUAUUGAUUUAUUUCAGAGUAUUUCACCUAUCGAAACACGAUUGAAUCCAUGC